GCCCAAGAGAUGGGGCUGCCCCCCCGACGGGGCCUUCCGCCGAGGUCUCCCUGGAGCGGCCCAAGAGUGGAUCCACGACGCCCAGCGCUGCUCCCUGCUGCUUAAGGCCUAUGCGGCCCGCACAGCCAAGGAGCACAAGCAGCUGCAGGGCAACGUAACACAGCUGGGAGGCGGCUGGAGCAGCUGCAGGACAUCAGCAGAAAGGCCAAGGUAGAGCUGAUGAUAGGAGGGAAGGUGCCUGACCUCGGAUUUGCUGGCGUGGAGCCGGAAGUACUGCCUGACAUGCGGACAGCCUGCCAGCUGCGCUUCCACUUCCUGAAGUCGCUCUUCGAGCACAGCAUGUCUGGGGCCUUCCCCAGCGGGACAAGCAAGGAGCUACUGGAUGCAUCCUACCAGCACUGGCUGAGCAUGGUGGAGGACAUCCUGGAUUCCCACCCUCCCAACCACGUCCUGGCAGCCCUGGAGCACUUGGCUCUGGAGAACACCCUGCAGAUGCAAGAGCUCACCAGCUGCAUUGACAUUCCCCAUGACGUAGAGGCCCUUUAGUGGGUACCACUAAGGAGGUGGCAGUGUGGGUGCAUGGUGCUGUACAGAGCUGUCGCCCCCCGCAGCAGUGGUGGCGCCCUGUACUGGGAGGGGCAGGGUCAGAACUUGGGAGAGAAGGUGCUAUGGGGCUUUGGCCCCCUGGUGGUAGUAGCUUGUACUGCAGGGGGCAGAGUCAGGGCUCUGGGGGGCUGUCACCCCAGUGGUGCUGCAGUGACCCACGGCACCAGUGCUGGGGCUCGUACCUCUGCC